AAUUCCUCCUAGAAUUCCGCCCCGGCUUCUUGAAUCUUGGUAUACAGUCUCAGUCUUGGGUGAGAUCCAAUGGCAAUACCAUUUAAGUGACCUUCUGACCAGUCUAUCCAGUUGGGGACCAGUUGGUAGGCAGGACAAGGUAGGUAGGUUUGUAUCGGGCCCUGGAGCCCAGUGCUGUGAAGGAGCUCUGAUGUACCCAUGUCGAAUCAAGUUCCCAUGCAGCACAGUUGUUCCGCGUGUCCGCUCACAAAACGCGAAGAGGGCAAUAACCGCACGGCCUCUUGUUUUCUGCUCUACAAGGCGUCAGUGUUGAAAGGAUUUUCAAUGGCGGUCUCUAGGGCCCUCGUGUCCGUUCUUCUCCUGGCCAGUUGCGCCCUUGCCGCCGCCGCUCCCGCCUCAGUCAUCUCUCAGAAGACCUAUUUCCAGCUUAUCAAGAGGGUGUUCUUUGGAAACACGACAUCCGGCCCUUGCUCAGUGAACGGCUCCAACUACCUUGACAUUGACCUUGGCCCUGGCAGCGGGGCAUUUGUCAUCGGAGAUAACCUGUGGACAAUCACCGACCGCGGUGCCAACGUGGAUUGCCAGGGUGGCAAUGCCCCAGGAGGUGCGGCCGGGACCACACUAUCCAAAGCUUGCCAGGCCACAGGAUGCCCCAAAGGGGGAACCAAAGUCUACCCCAUCCCCGACUUCUCACCCACGAUCCAGCGCAAGAAGCUGCCAGAUGUCUUCACCGGAACCCCGACUCCAGUCGAGACCAUCAUCAUGAAGAAGGGCAACGGGCAGGGAAUCUCGGGUCUACCCAACUUCCGCCAGGCCGACAAUAGUUCGGGGAGCAUCUACUCGAGCCUUCUCACGGGAGAAGACGGCUACGGCCCCGACUUUGCGCUGCUGGCCCCUAACCCCUUUGGGCAGGACACAGAGGGGAUCGUUGUGACGUCAGCCAAUGCUGACGGCACCGGCGCAACCUUCUGGAUUUCGGAAGAGUACGGCCCUAGCGUCUCCAAGGUCGGCUCUGAUGGCACCGUGCUCGCGCGCCACGUGCCAGCGGGUGUCGUGUACGAAACCUUCGUCGCCCGGGCUAACCCGAUUCUGGCGGUCGACCCAACCAACGGGUACCCAAUCUAUCCCACUUUCCCGUCUAUCCUGGUCAAGCGCGAGCUGAACCGUGGGUUUGAGAACCUGGCCUACUUCGGAAAGUACUUGUACGCCAUUCUGCAGAGCCCCAUGGCCAACCCCGGCGAGACCAUCCAGGCGAUCUCGAGAGUCAUCCGCCUCUUCAAGCUGGAACUCAAUGACGCCUUCCCAGGCGGUGCCCAGGUGGUGGGGGAAUACGUGUAUUUCGCAGAGGACUUCUUGACGUUCCCCCAAGACCAGCCCAAGGCGGACCAGUCCAACAUCAAGCUGGGGGACGCGGUCGCGAUCGCGGAGGACGUCAUCCUCGUGGACGAACACGUCACCCUCCAGAUCAAGCUCUUCAGGAUUGAGCUGGCUGGUGCGACCAACAUUCUGGGCUCCAAGUGGGACGACGUUCUGCAGUCCCCCACCCCUCGAGCAGCUCAACGUGGCCGGUUCUGCUGGCAGCAGCGAGACCCUCGCAUCCCAAGGACACUCUGCGUGAAGAGGGAAAAGAUAGAUUUGGGGCCAGUCAACAAGGGUACACACUUACCGGUUGAUUCUUCCCCAGGCAUCACCCCCGUGAAGAAGACCCUGGCCUUCGACUCCCUCACCGACCUCCCCGCGGGGGGGCCCCAGCUCCCGUCCAAGGUCGAGUCGCUUGCCAUUUACGGGGAUCCCUCCAGCACCGCCAACCCAGCGCGAAUCAUCCUCGACAAUGAUAACGAUUUCGGCAUCUCUGGUGCGACGACUUUCUUCACCGAAAUCGCGGUCGAUCCGACAGCGGUCUUUGGAUUGGCUGCCACGCCACCUGCUCCCGCCCCGGCUAACUCGACCGCGACACCGACCCCGACUUCGACUUCGCUGAACUGCAUCCAGAGCUUCCCGGCGGGGGGGACCUGUGACUACACCUCUGCUACCCCCAAUCAGUGCUUCAACGGCAACGGUUCCUCCUACACCUGCUGCGCCGGCGCCUGCGGUGGGGCCGGCUCCCCCCCGGGCGCCGUGGCCUACUGCUCGGGGCAAGUCCCCGGGACUACCCCCGUCUGCGGCUCCACCCCCGCCCCGACCCCUGCCGGUACCCCUGCCGGUACCCCCGCCGCUACCCCCGCCGGUACCCCUGCAGGUUCCCCCGCCGGUACCCCUGCCGGUACCCCCGCCAGUACCCCUGCCGCGAUCACCGGUGCCCCGGGCCCGACUGCCUUCCCGGUUGGCGGCACGUGCAACGCCGGCAGCAGCCUGCCGAACCAAGUGCUUCAACGCUGA